AGAAAGAGGAAGGAGAAAUCUGUCUCUGCUAAAACAAGUUUAUGCAGCUAAAACAUCUAUAGAUUCUCUGCUGACUGUAUCAAUGGAGGAGACUGUGAAGAAAUAUAAAAUAAUUUGUAUUGUUCUUGCUGCUUUGUUGGUGUUUGUGACACUUGGAUUAGGCCUGAAGCUUGGGCUCAGCCGGCAACAAGAUGAGCAAGGCAGCUGCAGGAAAAAAUGCUUUGAUUCUUCAUACAAGUCACUGGAUGGCUGCCGAUGUGAUGAGGGAUGUAAAGACCGAGGCGACUGCUGCUGGGAUUUUGAAGACACCUGUGUGGAAUCAACUCGAAUAUGGACGUGCAAUAAAUUUCGCUGCGGGGAGAGCAGACUAGAGUCCAGCCUUUGCUCCUGCUCAGAUGACUGUUUGCAGAAGAAGGACUGCUGUGCUGACUACAAGAGUGUCUGCCGAGGAGAAACCCCAUGGGUGAAAGAAAAGUGCGACACAGCCCCGACAUCCCAGUGUCCAGAAGGAUUUGACUUGCCACCAGUUAUUUUGUUUUCCAUGGAUGGAUUUAGAGCUGAAUACUUGCAGACAUGGAGCACUCUGAUGCCUAAUAUUGAUAAAAUGAAAAUGUGUGGAAUUCAUUCAAAAUACCUGAGAUCUGUCUAUCCAACCAAGACCUUUCCAAAUCAUUAUACCAUUGUCACGGGCUUAUAUCCAGAAUCACAUGGCAUCAUUGACAAUAAUAUGUAUGAUGUAAACCUCAACAAGAAUUUUUCACUUUCUUCAAAGGAGAAAGAUAAUCCAGCCUGGUGGCAAGGGCAACCAAUUUGGCUGACAGCAAGGUAUCAAGGCUUAAAAGCUGCUUCCUACUUUUGGCCAGGAUCAGACGUGUUUAUAAAUGGCUCCUUUCCUGACAUAUAUCAGACUUACAACCGCAGCGUCCCAUAUGAACAGAGGAUCUUUACACUGUUGAAAUGGCUGGACCUACCCAAAGAUGAAAGACCCAAUUUUUAUACACUAUAUGUGGAACAGCCGGAUUCUGCAGGACAUAAUUUUGGACCAGUUAGUGCCCAAGUAAUUCAAGCCUUACAAUCAGUAGAUAACACUUUUGGAAUGUUGAUGGAAGGUCUAAAACAGCGGAACUUAGACAAUUGUGUCAAUAUAAUCCUUUUGGCUGACCACGGAAUGGCUCAGACUUAUUGUGACCAGGUGGAAUAUAUGACUGACUACUUUUCUCAAGUAAACUUCUACAUGUUUCAAGGGCCUGCCCCUCGCAUCAGAGCUCGUAAUAUACCUCAGGACUUUUAUAGCUUUAAUUCUGAAGAAAUUGUUAGGAACCUCAGUUGCCGAAAACCUGAUCAGCAUUUCAUACCUUAUUUGACUCCUAAUUUGCCAAAACGACUACACUUUGCUAAAAAUGUCAGAAUCGACAAAGUUCAUCUUUUGAUGGAUCGGCAGUGGCUGGCUGUGAGGAGUAAAUCAAGUUCAUACUGUGGAGGAGGUGAUCAUGGUUUUGACAAUAAGUUUAAGGCCAUGGAGGCUCUCUUUUUGGCACAUGGACCCAGUUUUAAAGAGAAGACUGAAGUUGAACCAUUUGACAAUAUUGAAAUUUAUAACCUAAUGUGUGAUCUUCUACACAUUCAACCAGCACCAAACAACGGUACCCAUGGUAGUUUAAACCACCUUCUGAAGGUGCCCUUUUAUAAGCCAUCCCAUGCAGAGGAAGUGUCCAAGUUUUCUGUUUGUGGCUUUACUGUUCCAUUGCCCACAGAUACUCUAGACUGUUUAUGCCCUGAGCUACCAGACAAUACUGCUGUAGAGCGGGUGAAUCAAAGGCUAAAUCUCGCUCGAGAUGAAAUAACAGCAACGGAGAAACUAAACUUGCCAUUUGGGAGGCCCAGGGUUAUGCAGAGGAACAAGGAACACUGUCUCCUUUAUCACAGGGAGUAUGUCAGUGGAUUUGGCAAAGCUAUAAGGAUGCCCAUGUGGAGCUCAUAUACAGUCCCCAAACCGGGAGACACAUCACCUCUUCCUCCCACUGCCCCAGACUGUCUGCGGGCUGAUGUCAGGGUUGCUCCUUCUGAGAGCCAAAAAUGUUCCUUCUAUUUACCACACAAGAAUAUCACCCACGGCUUCCUCUAUCCUCCUGCAAACAGUAGAACUUCUGAUAGUAAAUAUGAUGCAUUAAUUACAAGUAAUUUGGUCCCUAUGUAUGAAGCAUUCAAGCAAAUAUGGGAUUAUUUCCACAGUGUUCUUCUUGUACAACAUGCCUUGGAAAGAAAUGGAGUAAAUGUCAUUAGUGGACCAGUAUUUGAUUAUAAUUAUGAUGGUCAUUUUGAUGAUCCAAGUGAAAUUACAGAAUAUGUAGCCAACACCAGUGUUCCCAUCCCAACACACUACUUCGUGGUGCUGACUAGCUGUAAAAAUAAGACCUACACCCCCAACGCCUGCCCUGGGGGGCUGGACGUCCUGUCCUUCAUCAUCCCUCACCGACCUACCAACGUGGAGAGCUGCCCUGAGCAUAAAGCAACACCGGCUUGGGUUGAAGAAAGGUUGAAAGCGCAUGUUGCCCGGGUCCGCGAUGUGGAACUUCUUACUGGGCUUGACUUUUAUCAGGAAAAAGCACAGCCUGUCUCUGAAAUUUUGCGACUAAAGACAUUUUUACCCACAUUUGAAACCACUGUUUAGCUAAACAUAUAAAACAAUUUUGAGAAUAUGUAAAUGAUGUUUUCUGUUGAAGAAUCAUAAAGUCCCUAAUUCC